AUGGUGAUAAUCAGUGAGUUGUCUGAUGACUUGCUGCUUAAGAUAUUACUGUUUCUUCCUACCAAAGUUGCUGUCUCCACAAGCCUUUUGUCCAAACAAUGGAAGUUUCUUUGGAUGUGGGUGCCUAAAAUUGAGUACGAUGACUUAGAAUUCAGUGUCUCUUCGGCCUUGAGUUGUCUGAAUUUUAUUGACAACAAUCUGCCAUUACAUAGAGCUCCGGUCAUAGAAAGCUUGCUCCUCAGAUUUCGUCACACUAUACUUGAACACGAUAGAAUCAAACAAUGGGUUGGGAUUGCGGUGUCUCGCUUUGUGCGUGAGCUAAGUAUCGGCUAUUUUUGUUCCAAUCCCAAUCCAAGUGAUGUAUUAUCAUUGCCGAGUAGUUUGUAUACCUGCAAUUCCCUCAUGACACUGAAACUUGAAGGCGAGACCAUUCUCGUGGACGUUCCUCCGAUUGUUUGUCUCCCUUCCUUGAAAACCUUGAAACUUCAACGUGUGACAUACUCAAACGAAGAUUCUCUUGGGCUGCUUCUGUCGCAUUGCCCUGUUCUUGAAGAUCUUUUUAUUGAACGAAACAAUAAGAAUGACAAUGUGAGAGCGAUAGUUGUUAACGUCCCAUCUUUGCAGAGGUUAUCCUUGCAGAUUGUUGGUGACCGUUCUUCUGAUGAUGGCUAUGUGAUAGUGACCCCUUGUUUGAAGUAUCUCAAAAUUGUGGAUUACAGAUCUAUGCCCUCUUAUUUGAUUGAGCCUAUGCCAAAGCUGGAAGAGGCUGAUAUUUAUGUUUGGCGAAAUAUCGAGAAGAUUCUCGAAUCAGUCACAUCUGUCAGACGUCUUUCAUUACACCCAUUACACCCAUGGUUCAGCAGUACAGAAGAGGUAACCUGUUUCCAUCUGCCAACUCCAAGUUUUUAG